ACCGCGCCUCGUCCCGCGUCCCGCCGCGUCCGAGCGCAUCGCGGACUGCCCGGGCGCCCGGCAGCGCAUCCGAACGAACGAAACACAACACGCACUGUUCCGCUACUCGUGUUUACUACGAACAUAACAUUACGUUUAAAAUUUAAAUAAUUUCUCGAUUCCAGAGUGCUGUGAUUGUUUAUUGAAUUAUUUUGUGCUAAUAUAAGAAACGAACGAGUGAGCUCUGCUGUGAAUGGACCGUUAGAUACGAUUCGAAGGUAUUCGUAAAAGAAAAUGGCGGAAAACGGGUACGGCGGCGUGAUGGGACACGUCGGUAGAAUUCCGAACUACGGCAAAAGUAACGUGAAUCCAAUGGGGUCGGUUGAACCCCCAGCGUGCAUUCAAAAUGCGAUGAUGACGAAAGACAAGAAACCUUUUACAUAUACACCAGGAGGUCUGGACUUAUCGCAAAUCAAAACACCAAGCAUGGCUAGAAGGUUGGCCAGACAAAAAUCGGCAGAAGAUCACGAACAGGCCAACUAUGGUGGAUAUCAUCCGCAAGGAGGUCCGCAAUAUGGUUCCCAAGGAGUUCCACAAGGAGGAGUACCACCCCCUCCUCCGCCACCAAAGGCACCAGCUCCACCACCACCACCACCUCCAAUAGUCAUUCAAGUGCCGAAUUCUAAAUCCCCAAAACCGGUGGCUCUUGGAGAACGCCCUGAAAUUGUGAUUCCAGACAAUCCCAUCGGAAUGCUACGGAAAACGAAUAGUCCUUACCACUGGGAAGCGGAAAAGGCAGAGUUGCAAAAGUUAGGAUCAGUUCCGAAAUACGUCGAAAAGGUGCCGAGUCCUCUGACUGUCAAAAUGCCACCUUCCACAUUUAGUCAACAGCAGCCGCAAUCUUAUACUCCACAAAACAAGUAUCAGCGAGCCGUGAACAAUCAAAGUCACCCCGAAAGUCCCAUUCACAGGCCCGAAGCUCAGUACGCUCAUCAGAAAUCCGCUUCUCCAAAUAUCUCGACUCUAAACGGUUCACCUCCAACAAGAGAACUGUUACAACGUCAAGAUUCCCAGUUCAAUAAAAGUCCCCAGCCAUUUGGCAAUCAGGCUCCGUCCAGUGUCAGCUCCCCUUUCUCUCCCAGCCCUAAUAACAACUGGCGUCAACCAGAGAAAAGAGACUCACCGGCCAAAAACUUGCAACAAUCUCAUCAAAUCAACCGCGGACCAUUAUCACCCAACAACGCCCCGCAUUAUUCACCGGGCUACCAAAAUCAGUCGACUCCAGCCAACACAGCACCAGUUUUUCAUACUCUUCCGAGAACUAGUCAGAGAUCUCAAGAUAACGGUAAUAGUAAUUUAAUUUAUAAUAACACCAGAGAAACUAAGCCCCAAGCUCCACAAUCAGAUAAUAACUCGGCACCUUGGAGGUCGAAUACUAUAAAUAGAUAUGCACGCGAACCAGAAAAUCCGCAAAGUAUUUACAAUACACCAAAUACUAACGUGAAACAAGCUUACAGUCCUCCGUGGAAAUCUAACGACGCGAACAAUAAUAACGAAAAUAGCUACGUUCCACCUUGGAUACAAGAAAACAAACCCCAACAACAAAACAAUCAACCCUGGAAUGCAUCGCAGGAUGUUAAUGGCAAUAGAUAUGCUGAUGGUACAGCGCCUUGGAGGUCUCAAAGCAAUGAAAAAUCAUCUAUCACCCCACCCUCAAAACAGGAACCUCCUCGUUACCAAUCAAGCAUCUCUAUUCCCGUGACACCGAGAAAACAAAAUUCCCAACCUCAGCCCGAAUUUAGCGCGCAGCCCCAAAAAGAAGCUGUUUACGUUAAUCAGGAGCCCAUAUAUUACUGUCCCGACAGUCCUAAGUCGAUACCACCGUGGGUAAAGACUCAGAAAGAGAAAACAAAAACUCCUCCGCCAGUAUGGUGCCAGAGACCACUGGAUGGUAAAAAGAGUCCACCGAGAGAGCUUGUUACACCACCAAGGGAUGCUAAUACAGAACCUGAGUGGGUUAGGAGGAGUAAUGAAAUGCAAAAGGGCGCACGUGAGGUCGACAGUCCGCCUAAAUACCAACAGACAAGUCAGCCGGUGUGGUCAACACGGCCUUCGGAAAAUCGCAAAAGUUUGCCCAAAGAUAGUGCUUCUAACGUUCAGGGAAGUAGAAUUAUUCCCAUACAAAUGGAAGUUUCCAGCACUGAAACUAGGGACGCCGGCCGUCACGGAGGAAACCAACCUCAACUGAGAAUAACAAUUGGAAUGAAUCAGAAUCCCAAUAAUGGAACGCAAUCACCGUUCUCGCCACCCACACAGCGCAUCAUGAGGGUAUUAUCACCGCAAUUAGUGCGAUUAGAUGAUGGCCCGACACAACAUGACUUGCCGACCUUGAACAGAACUUUUCAAGGGCAGGACAGUCAGCCGAAGACGCGAAUAAUCCCGAUACAGAUCGAAAGCAACGGAGGGGCAAACAAAAGUAUCUUCUACCAUAAAUUCAGUCAAGAAUCACCGCGUCAAUCCAAGGCCUUCAAAGUACUACAGAUAAUCACUGAUACCCAAGACAAGGAUAGCAUCACCAGUAUGGAAAUCCAGCACGGAUACACCGAUUUAUAGAAAUAAUUAAAUAAUUUAUUUAAAGAAAUACAUAGUUAUUUAUUUAUAAUUAUUUACAUAUUUACGGAUGUUUGCAUAUGUUUAGUUCAUUAUGUAAUUAUUUACGCAUAUUAAAACGCUUCGUGUUAGUCAUGUCAUUACAAAAUAUUUGGCUUUGAUAAGACAUGAUUAAUUAAGCCUUUUAUUAAUUAUAUGAAUAUUUAAGUUACGUAUUUAUGUAAGAAUUACUUAGUGUUGCAACUUCUUUUGGUAGUUACGACCUAGUAUUAUUUUCUAACUAAAAAGAAAAUUUCGCAUUGGGGAAUUUAUUAUAAAAAUUAAAUUUAUACAUUAGGAGAUUGUUUUUAAAAAGUGAAUUAUUUAACAAAUUAAAUACAUUAUAAGUUUUAUUUUUAUUUUUAAUAUUAUUGUGUAUUAAAAUUGUUUUGUAUUAUAAUAUAUUCGACGAUAUAUUUUAUUUUUGUAAAUAUAACGAAACGGCGAGUAAAACAGUGCUUUUGUGAUUUAUAUAACUAAUUAUGCUCACAAUUUACAGCUAAUAAACCAAAGAAAUGAUUAGAUUUUAUCAAUGUAUUAUUUAAGUAGAAUAGAUAUUUAUAAUGGACGAUUUUUACACUGAAUUUGUUGAACAACUUUCUUAGAGAUAAAUAACUACGUUUUAAAUUGGUUCAGAUAGUUUGCAAGGUGGUAAACUCUUUGAUAAAACAGAUAUUGUCAAUGGUAUUGGUCCUUUUUGCGUCGAUAAUCUUCAAUGUUGAGGGUCGUGGCCUCUCUGAAGAACUGUAUCUUGAACUGUCUUUGGCCAGAUCUGUUUAUUCUCGGCUAUGUGGAUGACAUCGCGGACAUGGUAAUGCCAUUGGUAAUUACUGUUAAAAGAAACAUGAAUUCUGUAAUACAUAGACAUACAUAUUAUUAUGUAGUUUAAAAAUCGUUCAUUAUAAUGUAAUGUUAAUUAUGUUAUUGUUACCCAUUUGUUUAGUUAUAUUAAUGCUUUAUAUGUAUUUUAAGUCUCGGCUUAUAUAAUAUAUUUGUAUUGUAUGUUAAUCUGAACUGACCGACUAAGCGUUUGAUUUUUUUCCCGUAACGAUCCUACUGCUUACUAUAAAACGUUCUACUACGAAAGUUUAUUUCAACAUUUAUUUAUAUUGUUAGAUAUGGGCGUUACGUCAUAUAUAUUUUGUUCGGUGUUUGUGAUGGAUUCUGUAGUAUGUUUUACGGAACCUUUCUUUUGUUUGUCCUUCUUCUCUUACUUUUAACCUUCAUUAUGUGAGGUCGCCGCAGUAAUUCCUCUUAUCAUGCUGCAUGAGGUUUUGUUAUGAGUUCUACGACCGGUUGCUAGCGUUAAUAUCUUGGGUGUGGCUUAAGAAAGUAAAUAUAAAAAUAUUGACCUCUAUAUACACAUAUGUAUUAUUAGAAUCUCGACUAAGAUCGGGUGCUUGCCUAAAAUUGACGGUUUGGUAGGGAUUUUUCUCUUCAAAAACCCCUCCACAGCCAUAUCGCGUAUCCUCAUGAUAGGCCAAGUGUAUUGCUGGUUGCUGUAUCUCCAUCACUUUCUCUCAUGAUUUGACAAUUUAUAUUUCUGUCUCAUGAAACGGCGGUACUUUGUACGCGUGUGAAGAAAGAAGCACUUGCCAUAUGACUGAUAAUGCCCAUAACUAAAGAAUAUAGAAAAAAAUAUGUUUUCGUUAAAAGUAUACAUAACAUAUAAAAUCUGCAUGUUUACAUGUGAAUGUUUUUUGAACUGUAAAUCCUAUUUGCUAACAAAACCUUCGACAAUUUGUAAUAUUUUUACCAAAUUCCUGAUUGUGGUGUUUAUUUUAAUUAACAAAAUUUUUAUUGUUUAUUCUAAAAGAUACAUUUGAUUGAGACGAAAUAAAAAAAGAUUUAACUAUUUUAAAUUAGUUUACGAAAUUAUUGCCUCAUAAAAUUGGUGUUAUAUGGUUAGAUUAUAAUUGGCUGUUGUUUUACUUUCUAUUCUUUCAAUGAUAUUUAUAUUAUAAGUUCUGGUAAAACUAAUUUCGAGUCAAAACUUGUAUCUUUUUCAAUAAAUGAAUUAAUCAAUAAAUAAUCAGACAAGGGGUGUGGCAUUCUAGUCAGUGUGAUCAUUCUAAGAAAAUUUUAUUACAAUAGUAAUAUAUAUGUAUCGUAAGUUUCAUUAAUGAAUAAAAAAAUAUGUAAUAUAUAUAACUAGAUUAAUUAUAAUUAAUAUAAAAAACUAAAUGUUACUUUCUAAGAACAAUUAAUUUUUAUAAUAAAAUUGGUAAACCAAA